AUGUCUCGAGAUUUGCGUGUCGCGUUGUUCAAACAACGACAUCCGCCCCCAUUACAUCACGAGGACAAGGAGUAUGAAGACGAGCAUGAUGAGCUCGGUGACCUCCCGUCGUUUGGCGCAGGGUCUACGUCGCCGGCCCGUGCUCCUGCCUCGUUUACGCCCCUCUCCUCUGACGACUGCUUCGCCACAGCGUUGGAGAUCGACAUUCUAUGUGCACCUAACACACAUGCGACAAUACGUGCGUACUAUACGCCCCCCCGAGGUGAGUCGAAUACGGUCGUGGUGUGCCAUCAUGGCGCUGGCUUUGGUGCCCUGUCGUAUGCACUCAUGGCCCGCGACGUAUCGGCCUUGAGCCAGGGUGAACUUGGCAUCUUAGCGUACGACUGCCGUGGGCAUGGAAGGUCGACAUUCCCAUCCCACAUCGUGAAGGACAUGUCCCUCGCAUCUCUGACGUCUGACAUGAUCGCUGUGCUGCAGACGCUUUUUCCAGCUUCGGACGCGCGUCCCUCCAUCAUUCUGUUGGGUCAUUCCAUGGGUGGUGCGGUGGCGGUCGAAACGGCUCACGCUUUAGAGCGCCAAAACGACAUUCGCGUCACGGGCGUAGUUAUGAUUGAUAUCGUGGAAGAAACUUCGCUCGAGCUUCUGCCGAGCAUGAGUCGCAUCGUUCGUCAAAGGCCGGAGGGAUUCGUUAGUGUGGCAUCGGCCAUUCAGUGGCAUGUAAAAACACGCACGAUUCGCAAUGCGGAGAGUGCGCGCCGAAGUGUGCCAUCGCUCGUGCACCAGUCCCGGAGACAUGCUAUGCUGCCUUGGCGCUGGAACGCUGACUUGAUUGCUACGGAACCGUACUGGACAGGAUGGUUCCAAGGGCUGUCGUCCAAGUUUUUGACGUGCCGCGCCGCCCGACUCCUUGUGCUGGCUGAGACGGAUCGACUCGAUCAGACUCUGAUGAUUGGCCAAAUGCAGGGCAAAUACCAACUGUCCAUCAGUCCUCACGCAGGCCACUGUGUCCAGGAGGACGCGCCGUAUGCGACGGCGCGUACGCUCGUCCAGUUCUGGCGGCGAAACGACCGACUCCCACCCGGGCUCCGUCCUGUAGGUACGACCUAG